AUGACCAAGAUUGUUAUCUUUGUGGCUCUAAUAUGUGCGACGAUUUCUUCGCCACUGGCGCCUAAGUUCGAUCAAAGUCAAAGUUUUCAUAAUUUUUUCAAUAAACAAAUAUGGUCAUCAAAAUUAUGUCAAGAUAUAACUUUGGCUCAAACAUAUUUGACUAACAUCCAGCAAUUUAUAACUAGUCUUGAAGGAAAUGAUACCUAUGCUCAAGUUCUUGAAAAACGUGCUAAUGCAAUAGCUUAUUUCAAAAAUGCUGAUAAUGAAACUAUUUCAUCGAACUGCACUCAAUUUUUCAUUGGUCUCAAAAAUGCUCGAAAACUUGAUACACAAGUUUUAAUAAAACAACUAGAAUAUGAAGAAUAUAUCCGUGAUCGCUACAAACAAAUUAUUCAAUUACUUGUUGGUACUCAUAGUCGUAUUGAUGAUGAUUUCUAA